GAUGGGCAGAGCUCUGGCCAGCGAGGGCGCGAGAUCCCUGCAGCCGUCCUCCGCGCCCGCUCCUCUGUGAGCCCGCUGGUGGGGCUUCGCCCCCGCGGUCCCCAGCGCCCAGUGGAGGCAGCAGCGGGCAGGGCAGCGGGGACCGCCCGGGCUGGGGGCUGUUGAGCCCGCCCAGUCCGCCUCAGUCGGGGAGAAGGACGAUGCGCCGCGCUCCUAGGUGAGCAGGGCUGGGGUCCUGCACCCGCAGCGCCGGCCCGCGCUUAGCUCCCGCCGGCCCCACCGCGCGGGGGCUGGAGCCGGCACCCGAGGGGGCGGCGGGGAGGGCGCAGGCAGCGGCUGGGAGCGCAGCGGCAGCGCUAGCGGCGGCAGAAGCUCGGCUCGGCGGCUGGAGGUGGCCGCUCCAACCUCGCUUCUGGCAGCGGGACCCCGUGGGCACUGACAUCCCGCUCACCCAUGCCUAUUUCCUGUAAUGGACAAACUUGAUGCUAAUGUGAGUUCCAAGGAGGGUUUCGGGUCAGUGGAGAAGGUUGUGCUGCUCACGUUUCUCUCAGCGGUUAUCCUGAUGGCCAUCCUGGGGAACCUGUUGGUGAUGGUGGCUGUGUGCCGGGACAGGCAGCUCAGGAAAAUAAAAACCAAUUAUUUCAUUGUAUCUCUUGCUUUUGCGGAUCUGCUGGUUUCCGUGCUGGUGAUGCCCUUUGGUGCCAUUGAGCUGGUUCAAGACAUCUGGAUUUAUGGGGAGAUGUUUUGCCUUAUCCGGACAUCUCUAGAUGUCUUGCUUACGACAGCGUCGAUUUUUCACCUGUGCUGUAUUUCCCUGGACAGGUAUUAUGCCAUCUGCUGCCAGCCUUUGGUCUAUAGGAACAAGAUGACCCCUCUGCGCAUCGCACUAAUGCUGGGAGGCUGCUGGGUCAUCCCCAUGUUUAUUUCUUUCCUCCCUAUAAUGCAAGGCUGGAAUAAUAUUGGCAUAGUUGAUCUGAUAGAAAAAAGGAAGUUCAACCACAACUCUAACUCUACGUAUUGUAUCUUCAUGGUCAACAAGCCCUAUGCCAUCACCUGCUCUGUGGUGGCCUUCUACAUCCCGUUUCUCCUCAUGGUACUGGCCUAUUAUCGCAUCUAUGUCACAGCUAAGGAACAUGCCCACCAGAUCCAGAUGUUACAACGGGCAGGAGCCCCCUCAGAGGUCAGGCCCCAGCCAGCAGACCAGCACAGCACUCAUCGCAUGAGGACAGAGACCAAAGCGGCCAAGACCCUGUGCAUCAUCAUGGGCUGCUUCUGCCUCUGCUGGGCUCCAUUCUUUGUCACCAACAUUGUGGAUCCUUUCGUAGACUACACUGUCCCUGGGCAGGUGUGGACCGCUUUCCUCUGGCUUGGCUAUAUCAAUUCUGGGUUGAACCCCUUUCUCUACGCCUUCUUGAAUAAAUCUUUUAGACGUGCCUUCCUCAUCAUCCUCUGCUGUGAUGAUGAGCGCUAUCGAAGACCUUCCAUUCUGGGCCAGACUGUCCCAUGUUCAACUACUACCAUUAAUGGAUCCACACAUGUACUAAGGGAUACAGUGGAGUGUGGUGGCCAAUGGGAGAGUCAGUGCCACCCCCCAGCAACUGCUCAUUUGGUGGCUGCUCAGCCCAGUGACACAUAGGCCCCUGAGACACUGACCCAGAAGACAGCCUUGCCUCCAGGAGAGGGCCAGGCCCCAGGCCACUGCUCGCGCGUGACUGCACCGGUGUUCUCCCCAAGGCGAUCGGUCGGCCUGUGCAGGUGCCCCGGGCACCCUGGGCUUUUCCUCCGAGGUUCCAGCAGGUGGCGCU